UACAGACAGCAGCAGCAGCACAGAGACAAGACUCUUACUUUACUUUAUUUCACCACGGUUUCUUUGAUACUUUUCUAUUGUUAAAGUAGUCCAUUCUAUAUUUCCUAGUUAAAAUAGAACAUAAAUAAAAUCAACUUGAGUAUUGAUAAUUGGAAGGCUUAUUGUAAAUUGUAAAGGAACCAACAACCAUGACUUCUUACAGGAAUUUAGAUUCAAAGAGAGAGGAGUUCCGCAAAUAUCUGGAAAAAGCAGGAGCCUUGGACGCCUUGUCAAAAGUCUUGGUGAUGCUCUAUGAUGAACCUGAGAAACCAGCUGAUCCAUUGGAUUACAUCAUAAAACAUCUUGGAGAUAGCAGCAAGCCAGAUGAAGCAGAGUUGAAUAUGAUCAAGGCAGAAUUGGAAGAAUGUCAUUUGAAAAUUCAGACUCUCGAGGAUGAAAAUAAAUUGCUGAAGGAAAGACUGGCUCAGAUCGAGCCACAAGAAGGCGCCGCAAUGGAGGAAGGUGAGGCUGGUGAACCGAGCACUGCGGCCGAGGCUGUGACCGAGGGUGAGGGUGAGGUUACGCAGAAGCCAGCUGCUGAAGAAGUAGAGUCUGCCACCAAUGCAUCAGCUGCAGGAAGCCAACCUUCCCCGCAGUAAUGAGUUUUGCAAUCCCUUGUUUACCAAAGUUCCUGUGAUAAAGACUAAACCUCGUAUCCAAGACUUACUUGUUCUGACUAAAGAAUAAAUUCAGUUGGUAUCACAGCACAUUAAAUUUCAUGACUUAGUGUUUCUAGUGAAAUGUUUCGUGUUCUUUGUAACUAUCGGGUCAGUAAUGUAAUUUAGGUCAAAUGGACCUAAUUGUUUUUGUAGUUAUAUGUUAAAAAAAAAAGUAGCGUUAGUGAUUCAAAAGUAGUUUUUUGUUGCUCAAAUGUCAUUUGUUAGUUAGAUAAAAGUGUAAUUCAGAUAGUAGUAAUAACAUGCAAUCUUUUCGCUAGAACGUCCUAAUAGGGGCUUUCAAAGUACGUUUAACAUGUUUUGAUUUAUCGAUACACAAGUAUUUUGAUUUAGAAGUAUUAUUUUUGUUUAGUUUUGUUGUUGUAAGUUUUGCCUUUUACGUGCUAACAACCCUUUCAGGAUUCCCAAAUGACUCCAAUUAUGAAAUGGUAGCCAUUAUUAAUUCAUCACAAUUCUCAAAUAAUGACUUUUUAAAUAUGUAGCAUUUUCUAAAAGUUAAAUUCACUUGAUUAGCUAGAAAAUUAAAUUUACACAUGAUGCAACUGCUGACUUAAUUAGGAAUAUUAAAACAACACUAUUGUCAAGGCACAAUAAUCAUUUUGUAGCUAGUAUUUUAGUGACAUGAGAUUUUAUGUAAUUUCUAAUUUUAAACAAUUUGUUAAAAUCCAAACAGUGUAAAUUUUUAUUGGUGGUCAAUAUACAUGACAAGUCAUUAUUAAGCAUUGUUUGAAAAGGGGGCCAAUACACUUUUAGAUUCAGAAUUUAAAACAAUUCCUGAAAGGGUCUAUAAUUGUUUCUUACUCACUUAGUUUAACACAUUAUUAUUGUUAAGGGCGUGUUUGCAAUAACUGCCAGCCAGGCUUAUUGAUGUGUACUUAGCACACUAUUACUAUCUAUGACAUUUAUGCGUAGGACUUAGUUAUUUGUAGCUAAAGGAAAUUUAGUUUUUGCUGAAAAUAAAGAGGAAAUUUAUUUUAGUUAACCAAAAACUGUAGUUUUCAAGUUGUUAAAUGGAUAAAAUGUGUGUUUGUA